AUGGUGACCACGCGAACAUGUCUUUGUUGUUCUGGAGGAAGAUGGUCAGCUCCAUCUUCUCGUCUGGGCUUAGGCGCGAGCCAAUCCGCGCUUUCUUGUCUGGCUGGUGAGGAUCGAGGGGUACUAACUCAACGUCUUCCUCAGGCUUCCAACCUUCUUCAAGGGAGCCUUCCGGGCGGAUUCCCUCGUCUCGAUCCUUCUUGUUUGGAUUCUGGCACGAGCCAAUCUGUGCCUCUUUGUCUGGCUGGCCAGGAUCAGGGGGUACUAACUCAACGUUAUCCUCAGGCUUCCAACCCUUUUCAGGGGAGUCUUCCGGGCGGAUUCCCUCACCUUGAUCCUGGUUCCUUAACUGCUAUUGUGAGUCAGCAACUUCCUUCCCUUUCGGGUUUGCUUGUCUGCUAA